CAAAUUACGUAAAUAUUUUUUUAUUGAAUGUUAUUAUUUAUUAUUUCCGAGUGCGCAGAAGAAAUUACGGAAUUUAAUGUGUAAAGUGGCGGUAUUUUAUUCAUAUCCUAUCUAAUUAUUAUGCCUACAGGCCGUGCUGUGCUUUUGUUGCGACGUCUGUCGACGGGUGACAGUAGAUUAAAAAAUAUUAAUUUAAACCAAAGCACGACUAAGGAUUCCGCAUUUUCACUCCCGAUUUGCAUACAUCGUGAUUUAGGGGCUAAUAAAAGGUUUUCAUCAUUUGAUCUCAGUAACCUAUCACCACCAUUACUCACAAGAAGUUUCAGCGACAAUAUAAUAAAGAUGGCUACAGCUAAUCCGGAUAAACCAAAACAUACUAAUAGAUUGGUAACAGAAAAGUCACCUUAUUUGCUGCAACAUGCUCACAAUCCUGUAGACUGGUAUCCGUGGUGCCAAGAAGCUAUUGAAAAGGCAAAAAGAGAAAAUAAACUCAUAUUUCUGUCAGUGGGAUACUCUACUUGUCAUUGGUGUCACGUUAUGGAAAAGGAGUCUUUUGAGAAUGAAGAUGUAGCAAAAAUAAUGAACGAACAUUAUGUUAACAUAAAAGUUGACAGAGAAGAGCGUCCAGACAUAGACAGAGUUUAUAUGCUUUUCGUCAUGGCAACCACAGGAGGUGGCGGUUGGCCUAUGUCAGUCUUUCUUACCCCAGACUUACGUCCAGUAACUGGUGGAACAUACUUCCCACCUGAAGAUAAAUGGGGACGUCCAGGGUUCAAAAGCAUCUUGCUCACAUUAGCAAUAAAAUGGCGAGAGAAUCGUGCUCAGUUCAUAGAAGCUAGUACCAAUAUUUUAGAUGCUUUACAAAAUAUAUCGAAAGUACAAGAUGCUGCAUCAUCAGUACCAGGUGAAGCUACGUGGACUAAGUGCGUGCGUCGUUAUAUGGCGUCAUUUGAACCAGAGUUUGGUGGAUUUGGAAAAGCACCAAAAUUCCCACAGGCUUCCAUAUUCAACUUCCUCUUCCACUACUACGCACGGGACAAACAUGAUCCAGAAGGAAAAAGGUGUUUGGAAAUGUGUUUGUACACUUUGAAAAAAAUAGCAAAAGGGGGUAUUCACGAUCAUGUCUCCAGUGGAUUCGCUCGUUAUUCAGUUGAUAACGAUUGGCAUGUGCCGCAUUUCGAGAAAAUGCUUUACGACCAGGCCCAGUUGUUAGUUGCAUACUCUGAUGCUUAUAUUGCUACGAAAGACGAAUUUUUUGCAGACGUUGUAAGGGACAUAGCAAAAUAUAUAAACAGAGACUUGAGGCACGAAUCUGGGGGAUAUUAUAGUGCCGAAGACGCAGAUUCUUAUCCGUUUUUCGGCGCUACUCAUAAAAAAGAAGGAGCAUUUUGCGUUUGGGAAUACGAUGAAUUGAAAUCUCUUUUAGAGGGGAAACAGCUUGGAUCGCUUUCUUACUUCGAAAUAUUCUGUGAUUAUUUCAAUGUCGAAAAAAGUGGAAAUAUAUCACCAGAUAGUGAUCCCCAUGGAGAACUGACGAAUAAGAAUGUUCUUAUUAUCUACGGAAGUAAAGAAGAAACAAUGUCUAAAUUUGGUAUCAGUAUGGAACAAUUCAAUGAGGUUAUUACUAAAUGUAUUGAUAUACUAUAUGAGGCUCGAUCGAAAAGGCCUCGCCCGCAUUUGGACAGCAAAAUGUUAUGUUCGUGGAAUGGACUAGCGAUAGCUGGUUUGGCACAAGCUGGUCAAGGGUUAGGUGAAAAGAGUUUCGUUGAAGAUGCCAUCAAAACGGCUCAAUUUAUUAAGCAAUAUUUGUAUGAUUCUAAUACAAAAACAUUACUUCACUCUUGCUACAGAGGUGAUGACGGAAGAAUUGCUCAAACUAAUCAACCAAUCCAAGGAUUUCUAGAUGACUAUGCAUUCUUGAUCAAAGGUCUACUGGACUUGUACGAAGCUUCCCUUGAUCUCAGCUGGCUGAACUGGGCGCGGGAGUUACAAAUGAAACAAAAUGAACUGUUUUGGGAUGACGAAAACGGAGGAUAUUUUACUUGUUCCACAGAGGACAGUUCUGUUAUUUUGAGGUUGAAAGAAGAUCAAGAUGGUGCCGAGCCCUCAGGCAACAGCGUUGCGUGUCACAACCUGCAGCGUCUAGCGACGUACGCCGACAAGAGCGCGGCGCCCGAAGGUGGCGACCGAGAGAGGGAAAUGGCCAAGAGAGUGCUGACGGCCUUCGCCAGGCGACUGAUGGACUCUCCCACCGCGUUGCCGGAGAUGAUGUCCGCGCUUAUGUUCUACAAUGACUCCCCCACACAGGUUUUAAUCGCAGGUGGAUGUUCAGAUCCUCGCACGCUGGAGCUGGUGCGCGUGGUGCGCUCGCGCCUGCUGCCCGGCCGCGUGCUGGCCGUGGCCGACCCGGCUGCGGACUCCCCCGUGGGUAUGUCUGACAUACUGCUGAGCCGCAUCCGCUGCGCGGGCGACGUGCCCACUGCGUACGUGUGUCGGCGCUAUGCGUGCUCGCUGCCCGUCACCGACGUCAAGCAGCUCGAGUCAUUGCUCGACGAGCCAGCGCCCAAAUAAAUCAUACAAAAAGUAUGUAGAAGUUUCGAUUCAAAAAUGGCGCAGAAAGUUCGCGCAACGCGACAAGCAAGGAACUACUGGUCAAGUGGCAACCAAUCGCGUGUAUCCAUGCGGUAGACAUCCUCUUGCCCCCUCGGCUCGUCAAAUAGCCUUAUAAAUCAUUUUUCAGCAUGUUUGCCAGUCACAUACAAAUUCCUAUUUCGCUUUUUCGUACAAAAUGAAGUGUCACUGAGAUUUUGUAUUUCAUGAUAUUGUACUUAAAAGUUAAAACUAUUGAGAAAUUGUAUUUGAAUAUUAGUCACAUCAUUUAUAUCUUACAUACGAGUUUGUUAAUUAGGUAUAUUGUUUUUUGAAUAUUAGUCACAUUAUUUAUAUCUUAUAUACUAGUUUGUUAAUUCGACAGAAGACGAUCAGUCAUAUAGUUUAUAUAUGAAGAUUAGUCUGCCGUGAUGCGGCUUAUUCCGUUUACCCAUCCUAAUUAGGGUGUAUACUUGGAAAUCUUAAUUCAUUAAUUAACCCUGGCCGGAGUGGAUUUGUACAAGUAUUCUAUGACUUUGACUAGGUAUUUAGUCUAAGUCGAUAUUUCCGUUAGUAAACCCUGUCUUGGAUAACGCACAUUUCCGAUAUACACCCAAGACUGAUUAUUUUAGAGUGGAUAAACGGAAUAAGCGCGUGAUUGGUUGAUUAUCACCACAGAUUGCAUUGCAACACAACAGUUAAAUGCGCUGUUAUCUGUUUGCUUAAUUUUAGGGCCAUAGAUUAUCUACUAUUAUUAUUAUAUUAUAGUUCAGUUAAUAAAGUAAUUGUUAGCACUAAAAGUGGAAUAGAUUUGUCUUAUGGAAAUGUGAUAAUUGUAACAUGUACUUGAUUAAGGACUUCAUUAAUUAUUAUUAUUGAAAUCUGGAACAAUGGAAUGGACACAAUACUCGAAGUUAUCUCAGCCGAUAUAAAAGGCCAAAAUUAUUUAAAAAAAAAAACUAGAUAAUAUUAU